UCGACCCAUGACGUUUAGUGUGUUCAUCUUAUCUUUGAGAUGUAUAUAAGUUGGGAGUCCACAGAAGGCAAGGUAUAGAAAACCUACAACAGAGUCUGAACUAAUUUUAAAACAUGCCUUCCUACCGAACGGUUUACGAUUCCGAUGGUUUCAUUCCAUCAGUUGAUGUCCUAGACGACAUACAAUGCAGACGACUGAAGGAAAACUUCGACAGUCUAGAAAAAGACGCAGGAAAACAAGCGUCUCAAUAUUCUUUUCACAACAUUCACCUUGCGCACCAAUGGGUUCUACAAAUUGCCUCUCAUCCAAACAUUCUGAAGCCUGUGAAGGAUAUCUUAGGAUCAAAUGUAAUGCUGCUAGAUUCUCGAUUCAUCUGUAAAUAUCCGGAGUCUGACAGUGGCGUCCAAGCCUUUGUAGCCUGGCAUCAGGAUAUGAAGUACUGGGGUAUAGAGGGUACGGUUGUUACUGCUUGGCUUGCCGUUGAUGAUUCAGAUGUGAAAAAUGGAUGCUUGCAAGUCAUUCCAGGUACUCAUAAGAAUGGUCUCGUUCAACAUGAGACAUGCAAAGUUGGGGGAAACUUGCUAAGUUCAAACCAGUCAAUUCCUCUCGAGUUUGUCGAUUUAACAUCAGUUCGUACAUGUCCAUUGAAGGCUGGACAAAUGUCUCUUCACGAUGGAUUGCUUAUUCAUGGAAGUGAGCCCAAUACCUCAUCAAAGCGUCGCUGUGGUUUUGUUAUCAGAUACGUAGCAACCGACGCUAAACCAAUUCAAGACCCCGAUAGACCUCGGACUUUUCCUUGCACGGUUCUUCUUUCUGGGAAAGAUGAAUACGGAAAUUUUGAAGACAACAAAUCGGAGUGGUUUCGCCACUUGAAUUGAGCCAGUUAAGCUUCUAACUGUGAUGAUUUCGCCAGCUCUUGCGGACUUAUAAAUUAUUCAUUAUAUUGUUUUUAAGUUUUUACAUUAUUUGCUACUCAUUUUCACAAUUGUUUUAAGAUUUUGAAUCAAAUUGUCUUCUUAAUUGACUAAUAUUUAUGAAUCUUCAAGAUAACGGCAAUAUUGACUUUUAUUAAAUACAGGUCACAUUGCAACAUUGACCAAAUGUAAUAUUGAGAUAUUUUUAAGCAAACAUUUUGUUUUUCGAAAUAAGAGACACACAAAUGUGAUUUUUUAAACUAAUUUAAGUUGAUUUGAGAAUGAUGUACUUGUAAACAACACAUAAUUUUAUUGCAUUUGAGAAGAAGGAAAUAAUUUAGUCAUUAUCACGCACUAAAAAAUACGAGUAUGUUUUUACAACGUAUCAUAUUAUUGUUUCGCUUUAAAUGUACAACCAUUUACGUUUGAUUUUUACUUAAAUAAAUCUACUUGUUUCUGUU